CUCGAUACUAACCUCGUACCCGUCGACCGUAUCUAUUCUAUACUUCUGUGGAUCCGUCUUUACACAUUCGAAAGAAAAAACAAAGGAAGCGAGCAAAGUGGCCAUGCAAGACACGAAAUCUGCUUCCGAUGCGUUGCAAGCCGCGACGGAUCUCGCCACCGUUCGAGAACCACUGUCGGAUGCCCUGCCUUUUUUCAAUUACGGAACGGCGGGCUUUCGGUUCAAGGCCAACCUCAUGGACGGUCUCAUGGUUCGGGUAGGGAUCGUUGGCGCUCUCCUGCUGAUGAAACAACCGCCGCUCGAAGCGGCAACAAAUGCUACCAUUACCACCGGCGUCAUGAUCACGGCGUCCCACAACGACGAGUCCUACAACGGAGUGAAACUCGCCAACCCAGACGGAAGCAUGCUGACGCCGCCCCAGGAAGCGUUUCUCACGAAAUGGGUGAACGAACGGGAUCCCGUCAAGUUCCGUGACUUUUUGGAGGAAUYGGCRAGGGAGGUGCUGGCGGACAAGAACAAUGCCGGUUCGGAUUUCGUCCUCGUAGUGGGACGAGACACGCGGUCCCAUUCCCCCCGCCUAUCGGACCUGCUCAUCGAGGGGGCCAACGCCUUUGUUGAGUGUGUCCUGUCGAGGCAGCGAGAAGAUGCAUCGCCUGCCGCACCGCUUUCCGCAAGGGUUUCCGAUCUCGGCGUCCUGACCACGCCGAUGCUCCACCACAUCGUCCUGCAUUYCAACCCCUCCUUUUUGCCGCCCUACAUCGAUCCCAAGCCAACGCGAUGCGGUUACAUCGAAACCUACGCCGAGGCCUACGUCGAUCUCCUGAAAGGCCUCACCGCCAAAACGGGCACUGCCGCAGCACCGGAGUCACUGGUUYCCCUCCGGGUCGACGGGGCCUGCGGCGUCGGAUUUCGUGCGGCAAACGAACUCUGGAAGGAAAUCCAGCGCUUGUCCGGGAGCGGCGACGCCGGCGUGGUUCCGACCCCGCUGUGCGUGCACAACGGAGAAACCGACGGGCCCCUGAACGACUCGUGCGGAUCGGAGCACGUCCAGAAACAGCUCUCGCCUCCCAACUGGUGCGCGGCCGCCAAACCCAGYGACUCCUUCUCCUUUCCCUAUUGCUGCUCCCUGGACGGGGACGCCGACCGGAUCGUCUUUUUCGGCCAGGCCUCCGGCACCGAACUCGCCCAACUGCUGGACGGCGACAAGAUCGCCAUCCUGAUCGCCCACGUCCUCAAGGAAAAAUUCCAGUCCGCGGUCGCCGCGGGUGGCGAUUCCCUCCCCCCGGUCAAAAUGGGUAUCGUCCAGACGGCCUACGCGAACGGGGCAUCGACGGACUACGUGCGAUCCACGCUCUCCAUCCCGGUGGAAAUCGCCAAGACCGGCGUCAAGCACCUCCACCAUUCCGCCGUCGAGCACUUUGACGUGGGGAUCUACUUCGAGGCCAACGGCCACGGGACGGUCGUCUUUGGCAAGGCCUUCGAGGCCUUUGCCCAGCAGUGCCCCGAUCCCUUUUUUGUGCGGCUGCACCGGCUGAUCAAUCCGGCCGUCGGGGACGCCCUCUCGGACAUGCUUCUGGUCGAUUACCUCCUCCGGGAGCUCGGCUGGACGCUGGAAGACUGGAGCACCAAGCUCUACGAGGACCUCCCUAGCCGCAUGCUCAAGGUUACCGUGGAGGACCGAACGAUCAUCGAGUGCAGCUCCAACGAGAGCGAGUGCCUGAAACCCGAGGCGGUCCAGCCCCUACUGAAGGCCGCCAUGGAAUCGGUUUCGAGCGGGCGCUGCUUCGUGCGGCCGAGCGGGACGGAGGACGUGGUGAGGGUCUAUGCCGAGGCCGCCACGCGGGAGGAAGCAGACGCCCUCGCCGACGAGGCCGCCCGGAUCGUCUUCGAUACCUGUGCCGGCGUUGGAACGAGGCCGUGACGGGGCAGCGAAACGAAACACGAGAGGAAGGGUGGUACAGCGAACGAGCAACAGAAAAACACCGCGCACCAACAUCAAACAAGGCCAUGGAGCAAUCGUGGGCCUCGUGGCUGCGAGUUUGGUCGUCUGGGGCSUCGCUUCUAGCUCUGAACGCUCCUAUGGAAUACAAGAUCGGUAGUUCCUUUUCUUUUCCAAGCACUCCGCUGUAGACGCACCGUGCUGGAACAUCUAAGCCACGCUAGUCUAGAGCCCUCCAGAACACGUGUUUAUGUAGUAUUCUUAGUAAAUCACAGAUGCUCUCAAAAGUUUUCCUUCACGUUCGCUUACACGAUCGGUGCCGUGACAUCAAUUGAUCAAAKUAAUAACAAUAUUUUACUAGGUGACGUUAAGAUCAUAGGGUAGGUAGGUACGCACGUACUAUGUUGGGAGUUGGGAGUUCUUGCUUUUUCUUUUUUCCAUCAGAUAUUUUUUCAUGAUUUUUCAUUUUUCGAAAGCACCUCCCGCGAAAUCUAGAAAUCUGGUGCGUCCUUCCUACRCGUUCCUCGUUGUCGAAAAACGCAACAAAACGAAUUCAAACAAACAAAUCGUAACAACAAAAGAAUUCACAACACACCAAUAUGAAAUGAAUGUAAAAAACAAAGCGAUAGUUGCUUCAUUAUAUAUACUUGCCUUCCUCCUUGAGCACGCCGGUAUAGGCGUUGCUUUUUUGUUGAUUGGCGAAACCAAACACAUUCGGCUUGUCUUGAACAAGUCCACGAAAGAAAAUAGUUGCGAAUCGCAAAUCAUACGCAAGGCACAAAUCGAAACAAAGCACAGAAUACCUAGCCGAAAAAUGGCAAGGGGACACUAUAGGGGCGGAGCCACCAGUCGGGCAACCGACGAGAGCCGGUGGGAAGGGGCAGUUCGCGUUCCGCUGGGAUUGCACACUGGUGAAUGCCGUGCGGGCGAAACAGAAACAGCAAGCACCGAAACAACCGCAACCGCAAAAACGGAAACAAUCUCGACAACAUAUCCUACGCCAUUACAGCAAAAGGAAUGCGGAUUCGGAACUCGACCUGGACCCGAACUCGUGCUGGAGCUUGUGGGCCUCGAUUCCCCUACAAGAACCAUCUUUGCUCGGAUCGUGCCUACAGCCAACGAGGAAGGCGGUGCAGAGAUCGCCGUCGAUGUGACUGUGCCUGUGGAAGAUCUUUUAGACCGGAUCAUAGAGGAAGCAGGCAAACAACAUCAAGAACAGUGUUCCUCCUUUGCCCCGGCGAGUGCCUCGACGCUCCUGGAGCUCGGGUCGGUCUGGGUGAUGGAUCCGACCGCGGUGGACCGGCCGCAGAACCCUCCCUCGUUCCGACGCCUCCUGGCGCUGCCGCCACCACUUGCUUCCAGCAACAGCCUCCUCCUCGUUCGCCCGUUCGUGGCCCUCAGGGUCCAUUCCAGGCCGUCGAGGUACACGUCGGCCUGCGACAGGCUCAGGAGCGCCUUUGACGAGCAAGAACGAGAGGCAGAACCCCAGGCGACAAAUUCCGAGCCGUUCGAACAUCCCCAAACCGGAAUUGUGUGGGAACACGAGGCGCACGGUGACGAACGAAGCCGCGAAGAACACAUCAGAAGCAGCACCACAAAGAGAAGCGGUGCCAAUCACAGAAGGCGACGGGCCCGCCCUUUGGUUCCCAAACCCGCCCCCACGUUUGCCGUCCUCCACAAACCCUCCGGGUUGCCAUCGCAUUCGACGAUCGACAAUGGGGUCGAAAACCUUCUCUACCAAUACCAGAUCGUUCGGCAGCGAGCCAUUCGAAAGCGCAACGUCGGCAGCGGGAACAAGGACGAGAACGAGAGCCUUCCCUACGCCACGCUGCCCCAGAGGCUCGAUACGGACACGUCCGGCUUGAUACUGGUGGCCACGAACAAGUCCGCCGCCUCGUACUUCUGCAAGCUCCUGGCGCGCAAAACGACGGAUGCACUCCAACCCUCGUCGGCGGGCGGAAGCGUUGAAAGCAACGACCAGAACCGUCCUGUCGGGAGCAUCCAGAAGCGGUACCGCUGCCUCGUCUCCUUUUCCUCCGAUACAGCAUGGGAUUCCUUUCGGUCCCAACACGGAGACGGGAGGAUCGUCGAGCACUUUGUCGACGCCAACGCGGAUACCCCAAAGCCCUUUGUGGACGUCCCACCGCCCCCCCCGGCGGAGGCAUCGUCGCCGUCCUCCUCCUCCGAUCCACCACCACCGCCCGCGGCAAAGGACCGGGUCCUCACCAGCCGGUGGCAGAGCUGCCGGUUGCGCGUUCGCAGCGCCACGGCCCCGGUCGCGAUCCAAACCCCCCUCCCAGGGGUGCACGCGGGAGGCUCGCAACGGCCGCCRCAACGGCCACCAGAGGGCCCUCCCCGGCUCCGGCUCUGUUCCGAGCUGGAGAUCGAGCUGCUGACGGGCCGGACCCACCAGAUCCGGGGGCAGCUGGCGGCCCUGGGGUGCCCGAUCGUGGGCGAUGCGCUCUACGGCGACCCCGACGCGCCGCCCCUCGCGGACACGAUGGCCCUGCAGUGCUGCCGGCUGGCCUUUCCGCUGGAAUCCCGCGGCGGGGGCGAGGGCGAGGGCCAGCGAGACCACCGAGUCGUCGACCUCCGCCUCGAUUCCGCUUGGUGGAGGGAGGCCAUCGCCCACCAGCAACGAAUCGAUCCGCCCGAUGCCAAGUGCGGCACAGCCGAAUAGAAUAAUACAAAAUGCCAUCCAUUGGAAUACAAUCUGAUACAAUAGAAUGCCCCCAACCCCAAUACUCCCGCUACGAAACAGGCUCUGGUUUCUGAUGUCUCGUACAAAUAUCCAUUCCCAUAUAUGAUAGGUAUGUGUUUAGGGUAUGAGUAAUUACGAACCAGUAGAGUGGAGUAAAAACACGUGGGUUGC